AUGGUGGCCACGGUAAAGGUCACGGUGGGUAUGGAAAAGGUCAUGGCGGUCACGGAGGGUAUGGAAAAGGUCAUGGCGGUCACGGAGGGUAUGGAAAAGGUCAUGGAGGAGGCUAUGGCAAGGGAACACGGAGGCGGUGGAUACGGACACGGCCAUGGAGGACACGGUGGCGGAUAUGGCAAAGGACAUGGAGGUGGACACGGUGGCGGAUAUGGCAAAGGACAUGGAGGUGGACACGGUGGCGGAUAUGGCAAGGGACAUGGAGGGCACGGUGGCGGAUACGGACACGGAGGACAUGGCGGCGGAGGAUACGGACAUGGAGGACACGGAGGUUAUGGAAAGGGACACGGGGGUUACGGAGAUCGACCACAUGCUUAUCAGCACUCAAUAAAGGAUCCUCCAGAAUUACAGGGUUUAUCCAGUGCUGAGUUCUGUGCGCAGGAAUCAAUUGGCAUACGCCUGAGAGCAAGGCUGAAUUUCAUCUCCCUGGAGACAUUGGAGACCAUUGAACUGUGUCGCUUGGCUUCGGUGAAUGCCAAUGUGGAUUUGUGUCGCUCUUUGUUGUACCAGGUGGACCCUCCAACAGUUAUCUUGGAUGCAAUUGGUAUCACAAUACCUGUGCCGGACCCACCCAUCAGCAAGGAACCUACCCUAUCUAAAGACCGUAUCCUAGCGCUUCAAGUAAAUGUGGAACACCAUCACAAUGCUGUAAAGGGUGGUGGGGACCUCUCGAAUUUCUUGCCUGUUACUUCAGGGGUGAGGACUUUGGGUGCCUGUUAUGGGAACCUAGGUUCAAGGAACCUUGAUCCAUGCUUGCAUAGGCAGGACCAUGUAUCCAACCAACAACUACACCGUGAAACUGGCAUGGGACUUAUUUCUUGCAUAAUCCGGGAUCGCCAAUUCAGGCUAUAUGGGUACCCUAGCUCAUUUCCUGUAGAUGACCCUGGCUAUCAGCGUGUGGCUCUAGUGGCCUUUCUCAUACUGGUGAUGGUGGCAUUGUCCCUGGCCGACCCAGGGUACGGUUACGGAGGACAUGGUGGCCACGGCGGGUAUGGAAAAGGUCAUGGCGGUCACGGAGGGUAUGGAAAAGGUCAUGGAGGCCACGGAGGGUAUGGGAAAGGUCAUGGAAGUCACGGAGGGUAUGGAAAAGAUCAUGGUAGUCACGGAGGGUAUGGAAAAGGUCAUGGCGGUCACGGAGGAGGUUAUGGCAAGGGACAUGGAGGAGGUUCCGGACAUAGUGGUGGCUAUGGCAAAGGACACGGACACGGGGGCUACGGAAAGGGACACGGAGGUGGUUCCGGACACGGAGGAUACGGCAAAGGGCACGGCGGCGGUGGAUAUGGACACGGGCACGGAGGACAUGGCAAAGGACAUGGAGGCUACGGUUACCACUAGAAGAUAAACGACGAAAACAGAAAAAUAAACCGA